UGUAGUUCCUUGACAAGCGGAGGUGGUGGAAAGGUAGGCCUGAAGGAGUUGUAGUGGUCUGAACGAGCCACUUGUUUCACUGUAUUACCGGUAGGCAAGGUUGGGAGUGCAUUUUCACCUCCAACUGACCAGCACAAACUCGAGGUACUUUUUCGUUUUAGAACACUUUGUUUCAUGUGGUUACGUAGUUUCUCGUCAACAAUCGCGAAGAGGCCCUCGAAACAUUAUUUGAUAUCGUCUACAAGAAUCAGACCGUGGUUGUUGUAUUCUGUAUGACCGUACCGUAGUAGUGCAGAGACAUCAGCGGUGACGACAGGACGAGUGAGCAUCGUGCAGGCAACGGGACUCUUAGUGCAGCUGUCUGCGCCAGUUCUCAACACGGAGGCGUCAACGAACGAUACAGGCACCGUGCCGAGUCCAGCCAUGACGGCCAUGACACCCCCCUCAGUUGCCUCUGCUUGGCCUUGACCAUGAAGAACACAAAAACUCAGCGCUUGGACGGAAAGUGGUUGCAGAAUAGAGGGGUUCCCUCGCAAUGUUCAGAGGAAAGAAACGAUUGCCGUGGAAGGGAGGAAACGGAGUGAGGAGGGAUCCUUCGCAAAAGUUUGGGGAUGACAAAGAUCUGAGCAGUGGAGUCUUGGCGAAGCUAUGACGGCGAGCGAGUCCGCGGUGCUUCCGAGUUUUCUGUAACUGCCAUCUGAUUACACUGAUCGCGUAGUUCACUGGAACCGUCGCUCCAAGUGAUAGCUCCGUUUGUGCUGGUGCAGAGUCAAGCUCCUUGCGCUCCAGCACCAAGCAACAUGCUAUCCAACAAGAAACAGGUUGACACGACUUCUUGCUUCAAAUUACUGGUACCGUAUGCAUACAGUGUAGUGUUCCCCUGAUUGGGUGCACCUCUUCCGAGCGUGAGUCGAGUCGAGUCGAGUCACUCGAAGGCAGCUAAGUGGUGUACGGGUACCGGUAGCGAUCGACUCAACCGUAAUACGGGAGGUGCGCAGCCGUCCCUGUGUGUGCUGGUGCCAGUGGUACGAGGUACGAGAGUUGCACAUACGUACGGUUGAUGUCUCGCCUUUGGCGGUGGUCACUGUGACUUUUCUGUAGCUACCAGUAGAGCCAGAAAGUGUUGCAUGUAGAGACGGUCAUGGUUUAGUUAGUCCACGAUGGCUACAAGCUAGCAAGUGCAGCACAACAUUGGUCCACAACCAUCCAUGCAGACGGAUUGAUCCUACCGGUACAGAAGGACUUGGCUGAUAGAGAUCGUUCGGACCCUCAAUGUACCGGUACGGGAAAAGUUCAGUGCAGGUACUGUAUGCAUAGAUCGAGCUGCAUACGACGGUCAUGGGUGCAACCGUGGCGGCUACGCAAAAGUAAGUCAGCAUGAGCCAACCAUCUACACCUGGAAGCAGGAAGCUGUGAAGGCAUGCUUCCGCCCUGAGCUUGGCUCCGGUAACUGUAUCAUAGAAGUCGGUCCCACAUCCGGAAAAAGGCACUUUGCUUUAAUAAAAUCAAAAGGCAUUGAAAACAGCUUUAUCCAUAAAUCCGAGUUUGUCUCAAAGACCAGCUGUUUUGGCUAGCCAUGUCGUUCUCAGAUGCUUUGAAAACAUGUUCUCGCAAAAUCUCUAAAUAGAGCUAAUUGGAACGCCGUCAACGGCAAAACUGCCAUUGUGACAUUAGUUUUCUUCAUUUCUUAAUAAAAGAAUAAUUUAGAGGAUGGUGUGAGAUUAGAGAACUGUCGGUUCAUUCGACCUAUUUGGUGGUUCACUCGACCUAUUUGGUGGGAUCGUCCACGGGGUAAAAUUCUACUUUAGUCGAAAGGGCAGCAGCGGAAUGGUGAAACAUGAAAGCUGGAUGAAGACGGGAACGCCCGAACAUGUACCGGUAGCUGGAGGUGGUGACGAAGCGACCACCAGGACAGUGGGAAUUGUAUUUCCUGUUUUUUCUCAGGACCACCAUAACAGCGUUGUCGCAGUCGACACUGGUGGUUGUGCUGCUGUAACCCAACAAAGCAAUUUGACUGGACUGCUUUCUCACAAUCCCAAAAGUGGAAACAACGACCAUAACGCACCACCCAGCAACAGUCGCAGUCAAAGUAGUAAGAGCUACUCUCUAGUAGACAGCAGUGGCAAUCGCGCAACCACGCCUGAGCCUACCUUGAAUCGAGAGUCUUCCUCUUGCUCUGCUUUGACCAGCAGCACCACAGAAGUUUCCUGCGUUCGUAGUGGUUACGACUUGCCAGUGGGAUUUGAAGUAUCGCUGGAGUUUCAUAAAGAAGUUUCCUCCUUGUUCUCGUCGCAAUCGUCUUCUCUACUAGUAGCUGAAGACCCAGACGAAGCAACCACAAGAAAAAGAACCAGCAAGGCUGGAUCCAACAAGACGACGUGCUCUUCGCAAUCCAAGACCCAAACCAGCCACACCAACAACAACCACAACAGAAUGGACACCAGCCGUCGAAGCACUCGAAGCACUCGGGAAGAUCCCAGCGGGAGAUCCCUCUUUUACGACGAGUUCUCAAUACGGCAAGAGACACAACAGACCAUCAAUCGAUCAGAGUCCAUGCAGCCGUUACAACAACAACAACAACAACAAGCAUCCGGCGGUCGACAAACACCGCCUUCCUCCUCCUCGUCAAAAGACGACAGCAUUCUGAAAUGCGCAGUCGACAAAUGGACCAAGUGUACGCAAUGGCUUCACUAUGCCAUUUGUCAAUUCGUCUUGGCCGUCAGUCUUCGAGCGGCGCGAAAUCCGAGGUCCUGUAUAGCGAUCGUCCUGUGCGUCAGCUUGGGUGUGAUUGCGACAGGUUUCUUCACCAAUUUCUAUGUGGAAGCCAAUGAAGAAGCCAUGUUUGCUCCCACAGAUGCCCUCUCUCGGCAACAUGGUCGCUACGUCAGCAAUGUAGAUGGAUUCCCCGAGGGAGAACGCGGCAUUGCCGUCACAAUUCACCGCAAUGGCGACAAUGUUGUCGGAUAUGAAGUCGUCAAUCGGGCCUUUAUGGCAGUCGAUUUCAUCCGGUCCUUGCCGGAAGUACAGGACCUUUGUUCCUACAGCCCCAAAACAAACGACCUUGGAGCGCCAUACUGUCAGAGCCAUGGACUCAUGAGCUUUUGGAACGAAAAUAGCACACUAUUUCGACAAGAGACUCAAGGAUCGGACCAAGUCGUUAUAGAAACCAUCUCCAAGAAUGUUACGUCAGAGGGAACACCCUUUUUUCAUGAUUUCUUCAUGGGCAGGAGCCAACGAGACCCAAAAUCGGGCUUGAUCUUCGAGGCCAAAAUGAUCGUUCUCUACGUUGGUUUACCCGAUGUCAAACUCGAGGAGGAGGACGUGUUUGGCCAAGUCACAGAGGUGUCGCUCACCCCGAAAGUCGAAUCCGCCGUGAUUGAUGCGCUACGAGAGCUACGAAAAGAAUGGGCCGACGAACCAGGAAAUGUCUACAAACUCGAAUUCCUCACGAUGCGCUCCCUGGGCGACGAGCUCGUGAGAGCCAUUGCCGACGAUAUUCCGUUGAUCCCAUUAGUCUUUUUCAUCAUGACUGGCUUUACGUGCUUUGUCUUUUACCGAAACGACCCCGUAAAGUCCAGGUCCAUGGUCGGAAUUGGAUCCGUGGUGACCAUUCUCAUGUCCAUCAUGACGGGAUUUGGAAUGUGCUUUGCCAUUGGAGUUCCAUUUACCAGCAUGACACAGAUUCUGCCCUUUGUCAUAUUUGGUGUCGGGCUCGACGAUACCUUUAUCAUCACGGGGGCCUACUUCCGAACCAACCCCAACAAGGAAACAGUGGAGCGAAUCCGUGAAACAAUGGAAGAAGUCGGCAACUCCAUUUCUUUGACAACUAUCACAACCACCGUCGCUUUCUUGAUGGGCCUCAUCUCCACCAUCCCCUCCAUUCAAUGGCUUUGUAUCUAUGCAGCUCCAACCAUCUUUAUUGAUUAUGUUUAUCAAAUUACGUUCUUUGUCGCCAUCUUGGUGCUUGAUGAAGAACGCAUCAAGGCCAACCGCAGAGACUGCUGUAUAUGUUUCACAGUUUCCUCCCCGUCCUCUGCCAAGCCGAGUGAUUCCGAUUCUUCUGAGUCGGAUAGCAGCAAGAGACCACUCCAAAACGGCAACCCCCAAGAACACAGCAAGAAAGCUUCUUCUGCUCUGAGCGGCCCUCCAUCAUCAUCGGGUCGAUCGAGAGUCAUGACUGAAGACGAUGAUUCUGACGAUCCUUCUGCCAUUCGACUGCGGCAAAAUGAGCUAGCAUCACAAGAUGAAUCUUCCCCUGCUUCAGGAGUUCCCAUGGAAGACAGACAUUGGGCUGACAGAUUCAUGGACUGGUAUGCUGAUAAACUUAUGCAUCCGUGCGCCAAAGUCUUUGUUCUGAUCGGCUUUACAGCUUUCUUGGGUGCCUGUAUCUACAGUUCUACCCAGCUGGUUCAAUCCUUUCGAGCCUCUGAUUUUUUGCCAACCGACUCUUACGCUUUGGCCUACGUGAAUGCACUGUCUGCGUACACUGUUUCCACUUUUCGAAUACCGGUUUACUUUCGUUAUGUCGAUCAGAGCGAUCCACAAAUCCAGGAGCAAAUGCAAAAGUACGUUGACGAGGUGACAAGGCUUCAACAUUUCCAAAAGGAACCCGAGGCCUGUUGGUUCCGAGACUUCAAAGAUGUCGCUGACGGCAAUCAUGAAGCUUUUGCGAACUACUCGUUCAUUUUCGAGAACAAUUGGACCUUCUAUGAGCGGUUUGAUGUUCUCAUGUCCAUUCCGGAGGUUUACGAUAUUUAUGGCGGUGACAUCGCGCUUAACCCUGAUGGUACCAUUGAAACCUCGCGAUGCUGGUUUUCGCUCCAGGACUUGAACGUGGAAGUCGUAAGGGAGCAAGUCCAAGUCCUGGCAGAUCUGCACAGAGUGUCAAUGAACCAAACAGUGAACCAAGGUCGAGAAGACGACAUGCCAUUCUUCGCAUUUGAAUCCAUUUUCUUUUUAUGGGACUUCUACACGGUUGUCGUGGCUGAAUUACAGUUCACUACGAUAUCGGGUGUGAUCGCCAUCACUGCGAUUGGCUUCUUGUUGAUCCCGCAUUGGUCUGCCACAAUGUUUGUGACACCAUUGAUCAUGGUGUUAUACGUGGACCUCCUUGGAACCAUUCAAUUCGCGGGGUUGGCCAUCAAUCCCUUGACAUAUGUCUGUCUGGUCAUUUCAAUUGGGCUCCUAGUUGACUUCCUCAUGCACAUUAUUCUUCGCUACUAUGAGUCGGCCGAGACGACAAGAGAAGCGAAAGUCAAAGACACUUUGCGCACCAUGGGAGCGUCGAUUCUUGUCGGUGGAUUGUCGACUUGUCUUGGCGUUGUCCCCUUGGCAUUCAGCAGCAGUGGGAUUCUCAAGACUGUGUUUAUCUCCUUUAUCGCCAUGGUAACGCUUGGCAUUGGUCAUGGCCUGAUUCUGUUGCCUGUUCUCUUGUCCUAUUGGGGUCCUACUGUGUGUGUUCGAAUGAACCAGCAAGAUCUCGAAAGGGAGCUGCACAUCGACGAGCACGCCGCCCACGGUGGCAACCAACAGCGGGACAUCAUGGCCACAUCUGACAGAAUUGACGAAGAGGCUGAUGCGGAUGUUCCACCCAGUGUUGCUGCUUCACGAGGCCCUGUAGGGUCGGUGACGGUAAACCGAGCUUGCCAGUCAUUCGACAGUACGUCCACCCUGGAGAAGCCCGGCACAAUUCCUCUUUUCACAAGAACAGGUCACGAUUCUGGAAACACCUCCUAUUUUUCAGCCAUUGAAGAUGUGGACGUUGACGAUAUCGACGACGAUGGAGCGCCAUCGAACCCUGUGAGCUCUGUUUUCCGCCACACCGGCGAAGAUCGUGAAAGCCGUCUUGGAGGGAUGGAUUUGAUCGAGCCGUCGGAUUCAAUUUCGGUGUAAUGGAGAUAUCACUCGCGAUGAUAAAUAAUGUCGGCGUUGCUCGUCGUGUAAAUUAGAGGCACUGCCCGUUUGUUCGCUGUGCUUGCGAAAAGGAAACUUUGCCAUGUAGCCAUGUAUGAUGUGCAUUGGUACCAGGUAGCCAAUAAUACGGUUGUGCGUGUAUCAUAAGAACGAUAAUGGAUGAUUCACAAUCGAGUGCACUGGAUACACGCAGGAAAUCGUUUCAGGUGAGGCCUCUGGCGUAUCUUGGUGUUGCUCGUGCUGUUGUCGGAGACACCACGAGCAACCACGCACACAAAAGGUAAAGCUAAGGAAAACUUGCUUAAGCAUGAGGCUGCGCAGUGCCUUGGGGUGGAGCAAUAUAACUGAUAAGCACAUCAACGGGAACCUCUGCUCCCUUAGGCACCCAAAUACCAGGUACGGUACAUUUUUUGAAAUACAGGAAGACAUCAACGCAGUUAUAGAUGCCCGCCAUAAUAGAAUCCAAGCAGAAUGACGCCUCUCCAUGCACGUCGGAGAUGAUUGCAACAAUGCAUAGCUCGAGUAAGCUACAAGUCCACACACCCAUAAUCCACCUCCACUCUCGGUUUAUGGACUGUCAAUUAAUCAAUGUACUGCUUUUACUACCGUAGUAUAUAUGGACCUUUUGUCGUCAGUGCUGUUUCCCGCCCGGAACACAGAUUUUCAAUCCAAAAUCAGGCAUCUCCCUUACUUUUUGUCCCCCGCCUCCGCUGCAGCCCGCUCCUCUUUGCUUUCCGAUUCACAUUCCAAAGCCAUGAGUACAACAUCCUCCACCAACUUUGAGUCCUUGCACUUUUCUUGGAUGGUUCCCACAAUUUGUGCCAGAGUCUUUUGAUAAGCCAAUCGCGCCUCGGCUUCACUGAGAUAGUAGGAUUGGCGAGUCUUCAAGUCUUCUUUGAGCUUUUCCAAUUGCUGUUUGAACUCUUCCACAUUUCGAAUCAGGUCCGCAUUGGUGACAUUGAGUUGUUUGGCAUGAUCAUUCAAAGCAGUGAAGGAAGCACUGGCAGAUGCAUUGGCCCCCAUUAGCUUUUGAUUGUUGUCUUUGAGCCCCUUGAAAUCCUUUCGCAUUCCCUCAUUUUGCCCCUUGAGUUUGGCCAGUUCCUUGCGGAGAUAUUCAAUAAUUUUGGUACUUUCGUCGAUUAAAUUCUGUUGCUGUGCUGACUUUUUCUGCCGUUCCUUGUCGUUCUUGUAUUCUUCUCGUAACUUUUGUUUGUACGCUUCGAUCUCUGCUUCCGCUGCUUCUCUGGCCGCUUCCACUUCCUUCAUGCGGUUCAGCUCCGCUUCGCGAACUUCUUCUUCCAGUUCAUUCAGCUUUUGCUCAAGCUUGGGUGGGGUCCUCAUGGUGGCACUCUUUUAAAAAGGAGAUUCCUUGCUUGGUUCUCAAGGAAGAAGUGAAGGGUUCAUUGACCGACUUGUCCAUCAACAAGUCAUCGCGUGAGUCUUUUGGCUUCUGUUUUCUGUUUCGUGGCGACCGGUACCGGUACAAGAUCGAUUCGAUUAAAUCGAAUUAUUUCAGCUUCUACCAAUCGAAUAAUUUCGAAUACUAACGUCAGUGCCUCCAAGGUGCCA